AUGGAUUCUAUUGGCCCACUUUUUUCAAAGAUGCUCAUGCAUUUGCUAGAAGUUGCGACAGAUGUCAACGAACGGGAAACAUCUCUAAGAGAGGCAGUCCCUCUUCCAACCAAUGAUGCGAAGGUGGUGAAUUUUGUGCGAAAGAAUAUAUUCGCAAGGUUUAGAACCCCACGGGCGAUGAUUAGUGAUGGUGGUACUCACUUCUGCAACAGUUUAUUGAAGAACCUUCUGGAAAAGUAUGGGGUGAAGCAUAAAUCUCUACAGCUUACCACCCACAGACAUGCGGAUAGGUUAGUUUAUGAAAAAGCGUGCCAUCUGUCGGUUGAAUUAGAGCAUAAAGCAUAUUGGGCAAUCAAAAAGCUCUAUCUUGAUAUGAAUCUGGCAGGAGAGAAGAAGUUGCUCCAAUUGUACGAGCUUGAUGAAUUCAGACUGGGGGUGUAUGAGAAUGCAAAGCUAUACAAGAAAAAGACUAAGAGAUGGCACGACAAGCAUAUACAACAUCGUGAGUUCACGCCAGGGCAGCAGGUACUACUCUUUAACUCGAGGCAGAGGUUGUUUCCGGGAAAGCUUAAGUCCCGUUGGUCUGGACCAUUUGUGGUGACUAGAAUCACACCCCAUGGUGCGGUCGAGAUACAAACCAUAGAUGGGGUGUGCAAGUUCUUGGUGAAUGGGCAGCGUCUCAAGAGAUAUUGGGGCGGUAACUUUGACAAGGAGAAGGAGCAAGUGCUCCUUAAUGAUGAGUGGGGAAGGAUCUGCAUCGUGCCGCGACGUUAA